UAGCGACGGUUGCCGCCGCGUUGACCUGUCUCUAAUAAUAUUUACUAAUAAAUAACCUAUUCAACAGUUCUAUCUAACAAUUCAGACAAUCGUCGAACGUGAUUUUAACGUAUUAAAGCCAAUCGUUGAACAUUUCGAAUUUAAAUACCGCAACGCGUCCCAAAAACUCAAAACCAGCCAUCCAGUCAGUCCGAAAUUUCAAUAAUCGUACUUCAGACAGUGAAUUUUGUGAUGUGAAUUUGCAGAUUUGUGAAACGGCUUACGUAGACAUAGCGGUAAACGCCGCACGCAACUUCUUGGUUUACAUUGAGUAACCGACAACAGUCAGGUUUCUUAAGUAACUCGAUUUUUGGAUGUUAGCGUCGUAAAGGCUUAACCCGUUAGUCAAUUAGUAUGCAAGUGUGAAGCGUCUCUUUGGCUAGUGUUAGGUUAGGAGGACUGUUGUGUUGCUGUAACUUAUUGCAUGGCGCGAUGAUUAGCGGAGGCUGGGUGUGCGCACUCCACGUGCGGACAGCAGGACUGGGAGGUGCUGCCCUUGGCUCUGAUGAGGAGGAGAUCGUUUACUUGGCUUAUGUACUCAUUGAUGUCCAGACGAAUCAGAUUAUCGGCGAAAGGGAAUAUGCUGUGAGACCGACCAGACUGCCAACUGAAGAAUUUCAGACGGGACAGCCUUUAGAAAAUAUUAUUUUACAGUUUGACGACUUCGUGCGAUCACUUAAUGUGGACCCACACUCUCCCCUCUUUAGGCUAGUAACCGAUGGACAACCACCACUCAGACAAUGUCUCCACCCUGAGGCGUGCAGCAAAGACCUCACAUUACCCACAUACUACGCUCGUUUCCAUGACUUGCGCAAAGAGUACAUACGGGCAUACACACUGCGAGCUGUGACGCCGCGUGCGCAGCCGCCGCCACCGCCGCCUGACCACCCGACUUCACUGCACGAUAUGCUAAAUUAUUUAGGCAUAACACCCUAUGCAGGCGAAAACUUCUACGCGGCGGAAGUGAAAGACAUGGCGGCGGUCAUUCAAAGGAUUAUAACAGAUGGUUUCCGCUUGGAGUUGCCAGAGACGAUUGACUUAGUUUUAGAAACUGGAAUUUGCUCAAAAGAUGAUGAGAUAGACGGAAACUGCAUAGCUCGUGCACGCGGUUUGCCCUGGCAAUCCUCAGACCAAGACAUCGCUAAGUUUUUCCGGGGACUCAAUGUUGCCAAGGGUGGUAUAGCUCUUUGCCUCUCACCACAAGGCAGACGUAACGGUGAAGCGUUGGUGCGUUUCAUUUCUCAAGAACACAGGGACAUGGCUUUGAAACGUCAUAAGCACCACAUUGGGCCGCGGUAUAUUGAGGUAUACCGUGCAAGUGGCGAAGAUUUUCUCUCAGUAGCGGGUGGGGCGACGUGCGAAGCAGCGGCAUUCUUGUCUCGCGGCGCACAGGUGAUCGUGCGCAUGCGCGGUCUACCUUAUGAUGCCACACCACAACAAGUUCUGGAGUUCUUCUCGUCGGGUGACGAUCCAGUACAAGUAUUGGACGGGGAAGAUGGCGUACUAUUUGUUCGUCGAGCUGAUCGACGUGCAACUGGCGACGCGUUUGUGCUGUUCGCGAAUGAAGAGGAUUCUCCGAAAGCGCUCGCGCGACAUCGGAAGUUGAUAGGCGCGAGAUAUAUUGAGCUGUUCAGGUCUACCACCGCGGAGGUGCAGCAGGUUCUCAACCGAUCUCUAGAGACCAGGACCAGUCAAAGCAGCACGCCAUCUACAGCCAAUCCUCCCACGGAUGGGCUUCUCCCCGUGGCGUUGGUACCACAGCAUGUCAUCACUUCUGGUACCGCCAAAGACUGCGUACGGUUGAGGGGGCUGCCCUACGAGGCUCAAGUGGAACACAUUCUCAACUUCCUCGAUGAAUUUGCCAAAAAUAUUGUGGUGCAAGGCGUCCAUAUGGUGUACAACGCACAGGGUCACCCUAGCGGGGAAGCUUUCAUCCAAAUGGACAGUGAAACAAGCGCUUAUCUAUGCGCGCAACAAAAACACCACCGUAACAUGACCUUUGGUAAAAAACACAGAUAUAUCGAGGUGUUCCAGUGUUCCGGCGACGACAUGAACCUAGUUCUGACAGGCGGCGUCACCCCCGCCACUUCACCCAAAGUGCUCUCACCCGGUACGUUGAUAUCUCCCCCACCCGCGCCGGCACCCCGCCUUUUAGCCCAACACAUCGCGCACCAAAACCUCCUCGCAAGGCAACAGGAGAACCUCCUUUUGGCCUCCCUCCGACCCCCCCUCUACCCCUUCCUACCAAGCUACGCUCCCGUUCGGUCCCCUAGCCCCUAUCUCCCCAUUGUUCAACAGAACAUACUGCCAACUAAGCGUACAUACGACCGCGCAUUUACGCCCACGGAAACUGCCGCGAAAAGACCGUAUUUGCAGCCGCAAAUGGCACCUAUGUCGCUGCCCGUGCUUUCAUAUGCGACGUCUCCACCGAUUUUCUCGUAUGCCAACACAAGUCCAAUGCUUUCUUCGUAUAGUGCAAUGCCAACCGGGCUGCCAACAGGUCUUCAGGGCUAUGGCUCUGCGCUCUCUGCCGCUUUACCGGCGUCAAUGACAAGCCCUUUCCCCGGGUCGCUAUCUAUGUUCCCAACUUACCCGUACUAUCCGGGUGUUUAGAUCCGGUACGGAACUUUAGCACGUUAGGUAGAUUGUUAAGUUUUUUUUCCGUGACACGGUCACUUGUUUUUUUAAAAUGUAUAUUUUUACGAGUAAAAUUAAGCUUUUUUAUCAAUUUAUAAAGCCAAUAAAUUCUAUUAUCGCCUGCUUUUUUCGACUAUUGUCGUUUUAUGAAAUCUUUGUUUGUAUAUUAUGAAGUUGGCAAAUGACACGUUAGAUUCGGGCAUAGGUUUAAGUAUCGUUUUUUUUUAUAAUGUGUUAAUUACGAAGUUUAUACCUAGAUGAUAGAGCAACUAAUGAAGUUUAAGAUUCGUAAAUGAAUUUCGUGCUUUGGGACCAAUUUUGCGACUUUUAAGUCAGAAUGACAGGGUAAUCAAAUGACAAGCUCAAACUGGCAUCAAGUCUGAUGAAUUUAGUAAACUAAUAUUACGGCAAAUAUUGCAGCUUUUAGGUUAGUCUAUGAAAUCAAUUUGUUGAGUAUAUAUCGACUUUAAUAAUUGUUGAAUUCUUAAAUUUUAUUCUUUAAUCGAUAGUUGUUUCAAGUGACAAGUAGUCUGUAGUUUUUGUUUUUCUUAUACGUUGUGAUUUAUUGUAAGACAUUCCAUUUUUGAAAUAGAAACGUUUGGCAACUAAGUCUGAUUUAAGUCUGAUAGGUACGGUACUUAUUUUGAUAUAUUAAGGUACUUAAACUCGUUUUCAGUACAAUACUUUUGUGAUUAGGGCAACAUUUUACUUAUGGCAACAUUGUUAAUGCACUCUAGUUAAGAAUAGUUAUCGUUAGUUGGCAGUGUGUACGUCCUACAGGCAGCUAAAAAUCCUAUUUUCACACCUUCCACUCACCUUCUAACGUAAAAGGUUAUGUCGAAAAUGUGAUACUAAAUUUGGUUUAUCUAUGGACUCUAUAAUUCUAGUAACGUCAUUGUUUAUGGUGUACCAUCGUCAAAUUCACAUAGGUAAUGGGGCUUCCGUCACAAAAAACAUGGUGUAUUGGCUAAUCUAUGUACUGUCAUAUCUAAAUUUAAUUACUUAUUGCAACUUUACCAAUUUUCACUGUAUGUUAAAAAAUCUAAACUAAACCCUCAAAAUGGCGGCUGCCGUCGUUUGUCUAUUAACAGACCUCAAUUCGUUGCAGGAUAUUAAUAUCAAAGAGGUCUUAUUCAUAAAUGCACUAUAGCCCUGUUAUUAUAUUUGUAACUUAAACGAAACAUAUAUUGGUUUGUAGUACGUUUAUUAAUAAUACCACAAAACUCUUACGGCAAUUUCAGUUUAAUUUUUAUUUAAAUAUUAAAUACAAAUAAUACGUAUAUUUAACUAAUAAUUAAUUGGUAACGCUGCAAAUCUUAGUUUAGAUAAUCAGUUAUAUAUGUUUUAUUGUUAUAAAGAUUGUAAUUUGUUUCUUACCUUUGUGUGAUGGAAAAUGAGCAUGCAUCGUUCGGUAAGUUUGCACAGAUUGAUAAUACGAAUCAGUGAUACAGUAUUCUCGUUUGUACAGUGUUUUUUUGAUAUAGUAACAUUAGUCCCAAAGUAAUUGACUAGAAUAUUAGGAGAUGUUAAAAAAUUGCAAUAUUAACAUGUAUGAUAUACAGCUAGUUCGCGGCACAAUAUACAGGUGGCUUGCUCAAAACAUAGAUACUAAAUAGAAUACCAUAGACAAACAACUGUAUGACUAAGUUCGCCAGUCCCUGAAUCUUACUCUAAGAUUUUAUUCGUAAACCAAUACUAACUAACAUCAUUUCGAUACAAAACAAAAUAAUAUCCAUCUAAAGCGCUGUGUCACUGUGACCAGGUCCACUUGAUCAAACUUUCCUUUCAGGUUAUGGUAGCUUAAAGUAUCAAAAUUAUUCAAUACCCCAUCUUCGAAAGUUGAAACAACACAACACAUCUUAAACUUUUUAUGAAUAAAAACAUUGAUACCCAGUUUCAUUGGUUAUUAUGUCAUAUGUCGAAGUAUAAGAACUGAUGCUAAAGUCGACGCAUUAUGAACUGUGGCUUCGGGUCAUGAAUCAUAUUUAUCUAUCUGUCUCCCUCGGACUUACAUGUCUUAUGGAGAGGUGUAGUUAUGCUCCUAAGAAUUGUAGAGGGGCAUAUGACAGAUAGGUAUGAUCGAUAUGCUAAAAUAAGUUAAGAAUAUUUUUUCCCUAUCUGGUAAUAAAAGUUUUUAAUUUGUGAGAUCAAUAUCACCAUUUCAUUUCUUUUAAUCCACGUAAGAAAAGCUAGCGUAAGUAACUCAUGAGAGUGUCAUACCAAAAUUACAUUUAUAGAGAAACAACAACUCCUAGUCGUAACGACUAAUCAGGGAAUCAGAGCGUGCGCAGGUAGCGCAGUGACCGAAGACUCAGUUUAAAAUGCGUCAACUAUAGUAUAAGAUUGUACAUCAUAACUGUAUCACUGGUUAAGGGUAGCAUGAAUAUCUAUAGCUUUAUGUUAAGGUUGUGUGCAUGGUGACAUAUUUAAUCAUUUUCCAGCUCACAAAUGGCCGGACACAAAUAAUUACGUAUCUGUAUUUCUAUGUCCAAGACCAAGGAGAUAUGAAACAUUGGUGAUUACAUAAAGUAUCAAAACGUUUCAGUCCGUGAAUCACCAGUGUCCGUCAUAUUUUCACUCUGAUUGUACAAGACAAUUUGGCAUAAUGGUCAGUUAACAUGGGAUUCUGCUAUAUUAUCAUUUCACUACGCUGUAGAUUUAACAUAAGGUAACAAUAAGUUAUUUGUUUAAUAACAGAAGCAACUAUUGUAGUAAGCUUCUCGGUCAAGUUCGCCAGUUCUUGAACAUUGAGCUCGGUUAUCGUUGUCUGAUCUUCCGCGAGUUAAAUGGAAUAGUUUUAGCGGAUUUCAAUGCGUCAUUUAUAUAUUCAUGUGUACGUAUUCUAAAGUACGAGUUGUAUUACGACUUAUUUCUACAAAAACGUAGUCGGCUCGAAAACUACUUGUAUUUUAGAUAUAUGGGCUUAUGUGGCUCGUGUUUUACUCCAAAAUAUCCAAUAACUCCAAGAUGCUAAGCGUUUGAAUCCGUUUAACUAUUGUUCAUUUAAAUUAUCGUUUUGGUAAUGGCCAAAUGUUUAAACGGUUGCUUCCAUUGCAAUAUAUAUUGUUGUGGUAAAGGUGUUUUCAAUCAAACGAGGCUUGCUUAAAACUUAAAUGAAUAAAUUCUUUGAAAUAUCUUUUUCGCAAGUUGCAUCUGCAUACCUUCUUUCUCGCUUCACCACUGAUAAUUGGGAAAUAUUGUAUUUACAAUUACGAAUAUUUUUUUUUAAUAUACGCACGUCAUAGAAUAUUUAGGUCGUAUGACUGGGACUUUCUCGUUUUUGAAUCGUGUUUAAUAUAAGAAAAUUUCUUAUUAUAAGGGACGUUUGGUUCAUUAAUAUUGAAUACUUAAUAAAUCAAUUUGUCGUUAUUCCGAUA